UUGAGUAGCCAGUUCGGAUCGAUACGAGUUAUUAUUUCAAGAAUGGAGUCAGCGGCGGCUUGGAUGGAGCCGAGCCUCGACGUGGACAAGCUGAGGUACGAGAUCUUCUCCAUUCUCGAGAACAAGUUCCUCUUCGGCUGCGACGACCCCAAGCUCUUCCUCUCCGCCGGAAGCCCGCCGACGACGCCUCCCAAGGCCUCCGCCGCUGGAAGGGUCCGCAUCCUCUCCAUUGACGGGGGCGGUGCCGCCUCCGACAGCAUCCUCGCCGGCUUCGCCCUCGCCCGCCUCGAGGCCUUUCUUCGCAAGUUUUCCGGCGACCCCGCCGCCCGAAUCGCCGACUUCUUCGACCUGGCUGCCGGAUCCGGCGCCGGCGGGGUCCUCGCCGCCAUGCUCUUCACCCGGGGUCCCGACGGCCGCCCGCUCUUCUCCGCCGACGAGGCCCACCGCCUCCUCACGAAGAAUCGCUCCCGGCUCGCCACCUCCGGCGAGAAGGGGCUCCUCCGCAAGAUUUUCCGGCGUUCUGGCGGACAAGCCGGGGUAUUCUUCCGAGGGAUCUUCGGUGACGCGACGCUGCGGGACACCGUGAAGCCGGUGCUGAUCCCGUGCUACGACCUGGCUUCAGGGGCGCCGUUCGUCUUCUCGCGGGCGGACGCGGUGGAGACGGACGGCUACGAUUUCCUGAUGCGGGAGGUGUGCGCCGCCACGUGCGCGGCGGCGGGAGCGGCGGCGGUGGAGAUGCGGUCGGUGGACGGCCGUACGAGGAUCCGGGCCGUCGGCGGGGGGCUGGUGAUGAGCAACCCCACGGCGGCUGCCGUCACGCACGUGCUGAAUAACAACCUGGAGUUCCCCUUCGCUGCCGGUGUAGAGAACCUCCUGGUGCUCUCGCUAGGGGCCGGGGAGCCGGAACCCGCCGGAAGAACUUCGGCACCGCCGUCCGCGGCGGACCUCGUCCGUAUCGCAGGGAUUGGCCAGGCCGACGUGGUGGAUCAAGCGGUGGCCAUGGCGUUCGGGACGAACAGGACAACGAGCUACAUCCGCAUUCAGGGAAAUGGGGUCAGCUUGGCAAGAGCGGUGGACGGAGUUGAAGCGGCGGAGGAGGCGCUGGCGGAGAGGAACGUGGAGUCGGUGCUGUUUCGGGGGAGGAAAGUAACGGAGCGAACUAACGGCGAGAAGCUGAAGUGGGCAACGGAAGAGCUCAUCGGGGAGCACGAUUGGAGGAGGAGCAGGGUGCCGACGGUCCUGAUGAAGCCGACGAUGACGCCAAGGACCUCCUGCUCGACCACAGUUACUACGGUAUCCUCCAGGACGUCCUCUGGGUCUCCCUGAUACUGACACGUGUCAAUAUGUCGCUUUGAAAGUUUUUUUGUCGUUGACCGGUGUGUUCGCGCAGCCGACGGACGGUCAGGAUGCAAGAGGGAGGGAGAGCGCUUGAUAAAAAGCGGGGUUUAAGAAAAUAGAUAUUAAAGUACGAGUGUGAUGGUACUGUUGAUGGUCUGCCACUUAGAAUUUAAAAAAAAAUUCUUAGAUUUUUUUUUUUUUUUUUUAACAUUCUCUCUUGGGAGCUUUAUAAAGGGUGCCUAGUCAUGUGUUGGAAAUUUGGAAUGUGUAUAUAUUUAGGUGAAUUUUGUUUACAACAUUGUAAAAACAGGGUUCUAUUAUCUGAAAUGUGCUUCUUUAUCUUUAAUUUU